GGUGGGGGCGGCCCUGGGCGGGGCCGUGAGGCGGGAGCGGCCGUUGGCACUGAGGGACGUUCCGUGGCGGCCUGUAGAGGCUCCUUCAAAGCCGUGUGCCUGGGUGCUCUGCCACAGCUGCGGUAUCGCCAUGUGCCCAGUUCGCUGCCUCAGCAGCAGGGCGCUUCCAGUUCGACGCUGACUUUAUGUUUCCUUCGAGGACUUCCCACUUUUGAACGCGAAUCAAAAGACAAAAUGAUGAGAGGAUCACGCCGAGGAUGUGUUAGACUGAGAGGAGCUGUGAUUGGUAUAGACGAUGAGGACGACAGCACCUUCACAAUAACUGUUGAUCAGAAAACCUUCCAUUUUCAGGCUCGAGAUGCUGAUGAAAGGGAGAAGUGGAUUCACGCUUUAGAGGACACCAUUCUCCGCCAUACCCUCCAGCUGCAGGCAAGUUUCACUUUCGCUCUUACUUUUUUUACUUCUCAGAACAACAAAGUACAGUGGUAUGACUGCUAAUAUCAACCAGAUCUUGCACAUCUACUUGUUCUAUGGCCUGUGCUGUCAGACACAGUAAGAUAUCAGUGUAAGUACCAGAGAUCAGCUUCUAAUCUUCCCAUUACUGUCUUCUUGUCUUACCAUUGUGAAAAGUCAGCAUGAAACUUCUCUUCAUUAGUUGGUAUUUUAAUUGGUUCCAGACUGAUAGUCACACACUUAGUUCUUUUUUUUUUUUAAAAACUGAGAGUUGGUCCUUUCUGAGUCAAGCAGAAUGAGACAUCUGGAAGACUGAUGUAUGUUUGUGUGCCAUCUCAUUUUGAAAUUAGAGCAGUAACACUGAACCUCUGUAUGAAUAGCAAGAAUGGUACUUCUGUUUGAGUCCACUGUACUAGCUGGAUGUUGGUAAGUCUCCGGUUUUGAGAAUGGAUGGUGGGCAGAGGGUGGUUUCUCAGCACCGUCCUACACCUGAGUACAUCUCAGUACUCAGUAUUCCCUCAGAAACCCAGACUUCAGGGAGGGAUUUUCUCAUACCUGGUUUGACAGUGUAGAAAUACAAAGGAGGUAUUUGCAUUUGUACUGAAUAAAGGUUUAGAAUGUUUUGAGUACAGUGAGAGAGUAUAAACAUAAUAAAAUCCUUGAUAUCACAAAAAGGGAAGGAGCUUAUAAAGACUGAUUUAUGUGACAUUUACUCAAAUUGAAGAAUUAGAGCGAGCCUGAAUUGAUCCCACUUGUGUUUUCUCAGUCAGUUUAAUUUCC